CACACGCAACAAUCUGAUGAGUUUGUACAGGCUGUACAUGCACGAACCAUAAAUAUUUCUGUAUUGAGAAAUCUUUUUUUUUUCAAAAAAAGAAAAUAAGGAAAGUUGAGUGCCGGGCGGAUCCUAUAAAUUUUGGUGAGCCCGAUUUAGCGAAUACUGCAAAAUAUUUUUGCUAGUUUGCGGGCAAGUCGAUCUUUUGUUAUUUCAACUGCUCUUCAGUGAUGGCGUUCGGUACACCACAACAAUCAGGAUGAAUGGGACAGAGCCUUCACCGCGUGACUUUCAAUGCCCGUGCCGAUACUUCUUCUGCGUCCCUUGUUGCAGUCGGUUGUCGGAGUGGAUUACAGAUACACGUCCAGAUAUACCUCCUAAAGACCCUGAAACAAGGAUUUGGUACGAACGAGGGAAAUGUUCUCGCUUCGACCUCCUGUUUCCAUUUUUAACCGCUUUAGUGUUGUUACUGGAUUCUGCGAUGGAUUUAAGGGUGGCGGUGGUUCACUAUCAACGUGGGGAUUACACCUGGAGUGUAUUGACACUCGGAUUUGCGUUUGUUUCUCUUGUUUCAAUCGAAAUAUUGUCUGCAAACUGGUACCUUGAGGACCAAAGGAGUUAUAAGCGGGAAAUCUUGAAGAAGAAUGGGCUGGAGAUCAAAUACUGGCAUUAUAUUUGCCAUUUCUUUCUUUGUGGAAGUCUUUUAAGAUACUGUCAGAUUUUCAGAACCGUACGUCUGAUACGAAGAAUCAAACAACCGUCGCCAGAUGAUAAAGACCGCUAUCGCUUGUACAUAGCUCAACUUCAAGACUCCAGUACUCUUGGUGUCUUAGAGGCAUUUAUGGAGGAAGCUCCACAAGUCGCCUUACAACUCUAUAUUCUAUUACAGCGCGGUACUUUGGACUUGACCUCGUUUGAAGAUCUGAUUGUAGCUCUCAGCAUUCCAAAGUCGCUGGCUCUUUUUGCCUUUAACCUGCUCAUUUACGCAAGGUACAUCCGGGUGGCUGAUACAGAAAGUCACCAGCUAAACUGGUGCAGUGUUGGUUCCCUGUUGUAUUUCAUAUGGCGACUGUUCAUGCUCACAUCAAGGAUACUGGCGCUGGCUGUGUUUGCUUCACAUUUCACUCGUUUUGUUUUCGUAAUUGUUGGAAUUCACUUAGCUGCCUCCUAUGUCUUGCUGUGGAGACAGGAAUGCGAGUAUUUUGAAGGCGAGCCAAUCAAGCAGAAAGUCUUCAGAUUCGCCAUUGCAUAUGUCCAUAUAUUCUGCUUUUUCCCACUGGAGGGCAAAAACACUCGUAAAUGGGGAUAUCCUUUUUACAUUCUGACUCUCAUUGAAAAUAGUGUUAUGGUUCUGCUUUGGAACUUUCUUACCAGUUACGGUCUGAAGUUUAGGAUAGCAAUGCUAACAACAGAAUGGGCAACAUUUGCAAUCGGGAUAAUCUCCUUGGCUCUGUUUUACCGCCGUUUUCAUCCAUCUCUAAACACAGAUGAGACGAGACCAGAUGACGUAGAUUUAGGCCGUCAUACAAGAGUGAAAUCUCUUUACAAGAGAGCACGCUGGGAACUAAAUAGCAAUAGAAACGGUACGGCAGCUACCAGCGUGACAACAAUAGCCGUGACUACGAUUAGCUCUUGCAAUGCAACUAACGUAUAAUUAUGACGAAAUAUUACCGCUGCAAUGCCCAGUUUCCUCUAAAAGACGGGCCUGCGGGGAAUCAUGGCAGCUGUACUUAACCUUUUCGUCUUGAACUUGUUUUGCUGAAUUCAGUUACCAUGAAUCCCUUAUGCGUGUCUCAUAAAGGGAACUGGGCAUUGAUUGUGGUGAUGUCCAAUUAUAACAAACGUUCAGAAAUUUAAAAUUAACGUGUUGAGCCAAUCAACCCCAUGACGCCAGGUUAAAGCGCGGGAAAACGCGCGUGGCCAUCCUCGGUUGGGUUUUCAUCUUGAUUGGCGCAGCAAAACGAAAUGACAACAGAACCAAAAGUUAAUGUAUACUUAACGUGUUGAGCCUAUCAACGCUCAUGACGCCAGGUUCAAGCAACGGAAAACGCGCGUGGCCAUCAUCGGUUGGGUUUUCAUCUUGAGUGGUACAACAAGACGAAAUGACAACAAAACCAAAAGCAAAAGCGAAUCCGCAAAAAAAAGACAACAAAAGUCAAAGCAAAAGCAAAAACGAAAACGUAAAUCUAAACGUGAACGUAAAGAGAAAAAUGAAUUGAAGGCAAAAGUAGCGAAUGCAAAAAAAAAAGAACUGAAAGCAAAAAACAAAAACAAAAAACCAGAUAGAAUCAAAUAAACAAAUAAUUACUUUCUAACAUAAAUCCAGCUGAAAGUAUUUGCCCUGAAGACUGUCAAACGAGUGCAGUUUACGGCUUCACAAAGGUGUGCUGUAGAGCUGUAGAAAUAUUUCUGGACAUACUUGUUGAUGUUGAUGUCAUAAAACUAAGAAAAUAGCUUCAUGCUCAUUCACUGUUUCUGUAUUAUACAUUUAUAUUCCAUGCCAGGAAUAUUAUAGAUGCUUUACAUAGGUGCGUCUAAAUCACAAUAUCUGUUUUUUUUUUGUUAGACAGACGAAAAAGCCUUCAAGAUGGUUUAAUUCUGUUAUGAAGCUCUCAGUGGUGACGUUAGCACCAAAUGAAUCUGUAGAGAAAUCACGAGUCGUUGAGUUUUAUCUACACAUUCGUCGUGCUCUUGCCAUUUUCGUGCGUGCUUUACAAUAGGACAGAGCACGGUUAAGACUUUCGUUUGUUACCGUACAAUAUCAUUUAAGGUUUUUGAGCUUAAACACGGCAAGUUAGCAAUUUUUCUUGUCAACCAAGAUAAUGUAAACCCGACAUUUCGAAAGGUACACUCCAAGCUCGUGACUAACUGUUCUUUGAUUUACUGAGGAGAACCCGUGAAUGUCUGUUUAGAGUGUUAACUAUUCUUAGCGGAAGCCAAUAAAGUUCAAUAGAGAAAUCAAUUUUAAUUUCA